AGAGAGUGAGAUGGAAAAAAUCCUAAAAAAUCGAAACUGAAGCUCUCGAUCCCUCUUUAAUGGCGUAUCGAGCAGACGACGACUACGAUUACCUCUUUAAGGUCGUCUUGAUCGGCGAUUCCGGCGUCGGGAAGUCCAACCUCCUCUCUCGAUUCACGAGGAACGAGUUCAGCCUCGAGUCCAAAUCCACGAUCGGCGUCGAGUUCGCCACUCGAAGCAUUCACGUCGACGACAAGGUCGUCAAGGCUCAGAUUUGGGAUACUGCAGGUCAAGAGAGAUACCGUGCCAUCACAAGCGCAUACUAUCGAGGAGCUGUGGGUGCACUCCUUGUCUACGACGUCACUCGCCACGUAACCUUCGAAAAUGUCGAAAGAUGGCUGAAAGAACUCCGUGACCAUACCGACACCAACAUUGUGAUCAUGCUGGUAGGAAACAAGGCGGAUCUUAGGCAUCUGAGAGCAGUCUCGACUGAGGAUGCCAAGGCCUUUGCUGAGAAAGAGAACACAUUUUUCAUGGAGACCUCUGCUCUUGAGUCUAUGAAUGUAGAGAAUGCCUUUACCGAAGUGCUAACUCAGAUUCAUCGGGUGGUGAGUAGGAAGGCACUUGAGGUUGGUGAUGAUUCAACUACGUUGCCAAAGGGUCAGACUAUUAAUGUUGGAAGUAAAGAUGAUGUAUCGGCUGUGAAGAAAGCAGGGUGUUGUUCAGCUUAGGUGUUAGAAAUAGCGUAAGAAAAUCCUAUAGAAGGCCCUCUAUAGAAUAUUGUAUAGUGAGGACAGGGAGUUGACCCCUAAAUAUAUCAUGAAUCUUGAUGCACAUAUGACCAAUGUAUAUCAGAGCGACUGCAUCCAUGCCCUCUUCCUCCCUAUACUAUAUUCUAUAUUUUAUAGGAGACCCUCUAUAGAAUCCCCCCCCCUCCCCCCCCUAGAAAUAGAAUAACACUUUUCUUUUUCGUUUUUUGCUGCAACUCUAUUAAUCAGAUUUAUGAUGUUCUUCUACAUUCCUCUGAUUCAUAUAUAUGUAGAUGAGAGAGAUUAGGGUUCAAAUAUGUAUUAUUGCUUUUAAUGGUGAUGGUGAUUGCUUUUGUUGCUUAGAAUCACUUGCGGAUGAAAGUGUGUAUGCAUCUUUCGAA